GUCCGUCCGGGCCCCGCCCGCCGCCUCCGGUGUCCUCAGCAGACGCCGCUCGGGGACCGGACGCGGAGCUGAGUGGAGGAGGCUUCCCCUGGAGACUGCAUGGAGAAGUACCAGGUUUUGCAGUGGCUGAAGCCCGGGGCUUUGGGGACGAACCUGGUGGUACAGGAGACGCAAAGCAAGGUCAAGUGGUUGAUGAAGCAGGUGGAAUGCAUUGAUAAGCACCAAGCCGAUGAGGCCCUGGAGGAGAUGAUGCCGCUGCUGGAACUGCAGCACGCCCACAUCUCCACGUACCACGAGGUGUUCAUGAUGUGGAACCAGGAGGUCUCAUCCCUGUUCCUCUGUCUGGUGAUGGAGCACAGCAAGGGGAGCCUCCACAGGGUCAUCGAGAGUAAGCGGAAGGCGAAGGAGGCCGUGGACGCCGCGUGGCUACAGAAUGUGCUGGGCCAGGUGCUGGACGCCCUGGAGUAUUUGCACCAGCUGGGCAUCGUCCACAGGAACCUCAAGCCAUCAAACAUCACCCUGGUGAGCGACAACCACUGUAAGUUACAGGACUUGUGCUGCAACAAGCUGAUGGUAGACGAGGCCAAGUGGACCAUCCGAGCCGAGGAAGACCCCUUCCAGAAGUCCUGGAUGGCGCCCGAGGCCCUCAGCUUCUCCUUCAGCACGCAAUCGGACGUCUGGUCUCUGGGCUGCAUCCUUCUGGAGAUGGUCAGCUGUUCGUUUUUGGAGGCGACAGAGGCCAUGCUCCUGCGGAAGUCCCUCCGCCAGGACCCAGGUGGCCUGGGGGCCGUGCUGAAGACCAUGGAGGAGAGACAGAUCCCAGACGCAGACACCUUCUCACAGCUGCUACCGCUGAUGCUCCAGGUCAGACCCCUGGACCGCAUCUCCAUCAGGGACGCAAUCCGCAUCACCUUCGUGAGCAACUCCUUCAAGUCCUCGUGUAUCGCCCUGUCCCUGCAUCAGCAGGUGGUGCCCCCGUUCAUCAUGGACACGCUGCUGGAAAGCAACCUGGCCAGCAUCCUAGAGGUCAUGCAGAACUUCUCGAGCCGCCCCGAAGUCCAGCUCAGGAGCAUGCAGAGGCUCCUGGCGAUGCCUGGGGAGCAGCUAGGUCUGCCGUGGCCCACGGAGCUGGUGGAGCUGGUGAUCAGCACUAUGAAACAGCAUGAGAGGCUCCUGGACGUGCAGCUGUGCGGCUGCUCUCUGCUGCUGCGUGUCCUGGGCCAGGCACUGGCCCAGGACGCGUCAGCCGAGGCCCACUGGGACAAUGCCAUGAUGUCCAGCCUGCUGAGUGUCCUGCGCAGUCACCGGCAGGCCAGGCAGCUCGUCGUGAUGGUCUACAGCACGCUCACCAUCAUCUGCAGCCAGGCAUCCGCCUCAGAGGAGCUGCACAAGGCAGGGCUAUUUGAGCACACCUUGGAACACAUCGCCGAGCAGCUGGUCAGGUUCCCUGAUGACAGGGACGUGUGCGUCACCAGCCUGAACCUGCUCUGGACCAUCCUGGUGGACGCCGUCGUGGUGAACAAGGCUGCCUUGGGGAAGAUCCCAAGCCUGGUCAUCCAGGUGCUGUCCACUUAUCCCGAGGACAUAGAAAUGGCCGAGGCUGGCUGUGGGGUCUUCUGGCUGCUCUCGUUGCUGGGCUGCAUACAGGAGCGACAAUUUGAACAUGUGAUGGCGCUGUGUCUGCAUAGUGUCUGGUUGUGCCAAGACCGGGUCCUGCUGGUGAACAACGCCUGCCGGGGAAUGGCCAGCCUUGUCAAGGUGUCCGAGCUGGCGGCCUUCCGGGUGGCGGUGGUAGAGGAGGACCGCAGCGGCCUCAUGCUGCUCAAAGACAUCUACCAGCUGCACAGGGACGACCCCGAGGUGGUGGAGAACGUGUGCAUGCUCCUGGCAUGCCUGGCCCGCUACAAGGAGAUCCUGCCGGAGCUGGUGUCCACGGGCAUCCAGGAGCUGGUGCACGAGGUCCGGGGGCGCUUCUCAUCCAGCCUGGAGCUGGUCUCCUACGCCAAUGCAGUCCUCAGCAGGCUGGAGGCUUCUGCACUGCCCAGCCCCGACAAAGCAGAGCUCCCCGCUGCGCCCCAGACCCCCAACCUCCCUGGGUGCCUUCUCCCUCAGCCCUGA